UGGCACGCGCCCUGGCCAUUUCUUCUUCGUGGCCGAGCCGUGUGCCCACUUCCUGAGCACACCAUGAGGCUCCCUGCUCCUCCCUGAAGCUUGCCUGACCGCGCGACCCCAUGGAGCUCCCUUCAGUUCUCCUCAAGCACGCCGCGCCUGGCUCACCGGCGUUCGGGCCGCGGCUUCCUCCUCCAACUCCGGUCGGCCAAGAGCCCAGCUGCCCCUUGCUUCUCUCCCUCCAUCUCCCAGCAGCGCCCUGUCGAAGCCCUUCCAUGGCGCCGUUCUUUCCUGUGCUUGAGCUCCGUCCUCCCCAGCCAUGGUGCUCUGCGCGCCGAGCUCGGCCUCUGUUCCUCUGCGCCCUGCUCCUGCUCCUCGAGCUCGCCCUGCGCUCGUCUUCUUCUCCAUGGAUUCCCCAGCCGCACCCUUCAGCUCGCUCCCUCUCUGUUCGCGGCGCCCAGCUCAGAUCCCGCCUGCUCCACUGCGUCGCCGCCCGACUCGAGUUCGUCCUGGUGGCCGUUGAUUGGGAGCAGACUCGGUCGCGCCCCUACACCUCCCAUCGCCGGUCAUGGCUGCCGCGAGCGUCCUUUCCUUUUCCCCAUCCUCGCCGUGGCCCUCUGCUCGAUUCGCUAGAGCUCAUCUGUGCUCCCCUUCCAUGGCUGCUGUCUUCAAGGACAUCUUCCUUUGGCCUGGAGUCUUGCUGCGCUGCUGGCAUCUCCAAAUCCCUUGCGAGCUCGCCGGACCUCUGCCUCACCGUCGUCCAUUGAUGCCGUGCCGUGCCAUCAUCGCUUCCUGUUGCGAGCUCGAUCCCAUUGUCAUCGCUUCACCGUGCUCGCUGGCCGCACAUUCCAGCAGCUCUCUGCUCGUGGUUGCAAGCGCUCGAGGUGGAAGGAUGAAAUUAGAUGAAGAAGAAAGCGAGGUUCAGAGUAAUGCUCACUUGGUGCUCGACAAAAAGCCCAAAUGAAUCGUCAUGCCAUUGUCUUCGUUGAAUGGAAAUCGUCGUGCCGACACGUCGACGUCGUCGUUCGUCUCCUCUUCGGGUCUUCAACAACAUCGAAUAUCCGUCUUUGGUGCUUGUUGUCGAUCCGUCGCCUCGUCUCGAUACUGGCUCCUACGUGACAUCUCCCAAUUGUGAUCGAGCGGACAAAAGAAUCCCCAAGAAAGAUGUCUAAAGAUUUGAUUGUGGUGUGCGUGAAGUUCGUGUGGCCCCUGCCAAGCGCUCGACAAAUUAUUUGAAUCGGAAAAUCAUUACCGAUCUUGCGGAUUCGAGUCAUCUGUUGGAAUGGUAAGUUGAUUCGUUAUUCUA